AUGUCGUUAAAAAGAAUUAAUAAGGAACUCAGCGAUUUGGGAAGAGAUCCACCUUCGCAAUGUUCAGCAGGACCUGUUGGAGACGAUCUGUACCAUUGGCAAGCAUCUAUCAUGGGACCACCAGAUUCACCAUAUGCAGGAGGUGUAUUUUUCUUGACGAUCCACUUCCCAACAGAUUAUCCUUUUAAGCCACCUAAGAUCCAGUUUCAGACGAAGAUCUACCACCCUAAUAUUAACUCCAACGGUAACAUUUGUUUGGAUAUUUUGAAGGAUCAGUGGUCUCCCGCUUUGACUAUUUCGAAGGUGCUUCUUUCUAUUUGUUCGCUAUUGACUGAUGCUAAUCCUGACGAUCCCUUGGUGCCUGAGAUUGCUCAUGUCUACAAGACUGAUCGUCCUAAAUACGAGGCUACUGCCAGAGAAUGGACCAAGAAAUUUGCUAUUUAG